UAAGAAGACAGAUGAUCACUUUUUUGUUAAUAGCUGAUAUUUGAUAACUGAAAUACUUACUUCGGUUAAUUGUAAAAUUUAAUUUAAUUAAAAGAUAACGUUUCUUUUAUCCACAUUUUAACUUUGUAAGGUUGGUAAUAGCCAGUUUUGUGUUAUCGACAUGCUGUUCGAUAUAAAUUGAGAUAUUCCAAUUAAAUAAUGCUAUUCGUUAAUAAAAUCGAGUACACUUAGAUACAUAACAUGUCCAAAGAACUGCAAUUGUUUCGACUAUGUCGAAAUGGCAUCAAUCAGAUACGUACAUUCCAUUUAUCCUCGAUUUCUUAUGCAGCUGUUGUUAGAAAACCAUUAUUAAAAAAGGUUGAGGUGUAUCGAUGGAAUCCAGAUGAGCCACAUGUUAAACCUUACAUGCAAACUUAUGAGAUUAAUUUAAAUGAGUGUCCACCUAUGGUUUUGGACGCUUUGCUUAAAAUUAAGAAUGAAGUUGAUACCACACUAACUUUUCGGAGGUCUUGUAGAGAAGGUAUUUGUGGAUCAUGUGCUAUGAAUAUUAAUGGUACCAAUACUUUAGCUUGCAUCAAGAAAAUCGACCGUGAUGUUAGUAAGCCAUUAAAAAUCUAUCCAUUACCCCACAUGUAUGUUAUCAAGGAUUUAGUACCUGAUUUAAAUAAUUUUUAUAAACAAUAUAAAUCAAUAAAACCUUGGUUGCAAAGGAAAAAUGAGCCAAAAUUGGGAGUGGAGCAGUAUUCCCAAUCAGAAAGAGAUCGUGAAAAAUUAGAUGGUUUGUAUGAAUGUAUUCUAUGUGCUUGUUGUUCUGCAUCAUGCCCAAGUUAUUGGUGGAACAGUGAGAAGUAUUUAGGUCCAGCUGUACUUAUGCAGGCUUAUCGAUGGAUUAUUGAUUCAAGAGAUGAUACCAGCGCGGAAAGGUUGGAAAAACUCAAAGACCCAUUUUCAGUUUUCAGAUGCCAUACAAUCAUGAAUUGUACUAAUACAUGCCCUAAAGGGUUAAAUCCUGGAAGAGCAAUUGCUGAAAUCAAGAAACUUCUUGGUGGUAUAGCAGAGAAAGAAAAACCGGAUAUAGAACCAACUUUACUACACAAAUAAAAGGAAAAAGAAAACAAAUAGUAAUAAUUAAUCUUGUCAUCAAAUAGUCUGCUUAAAAAAUCACAAUUA